GUCAAGAUCGACAAGUCAAGUAUCUGAAUAUCUCUGUCAAGCAGCAAUUUAUCGCCUCAAUCUCCGUGGCGAAUUUGCUGUUCCAAUUAAACUGUGUUUAGUGAUUUGUGCAGAAAAGUGUUGCAAUGACUGUGGUGAAAAAUGAGGACACGCCGGCGGAAGAGUCAUCCACGGCGAAUCGCGUGAGCUACUUUCGGCUCUUCCGCUUUGCCACCAAAUGGGAGCUCUUCCUCAUCUUCCUGGCCACAAUUCUCACGGCCAUCAGUGCCGCCACGAUGCCAAUGAUUAUCGUCACAUUCGGUGAAUUCUCCACGAUUCUCAUCGAGCGCGAAUUGGCGGGCACGAGUUCGGAGACAAUUCUUCUGUGGAUGUUUGGCGGCGGGAAAGUUCUGAGCAAUGCGUCUGAGGAAGAGACUAGAGUAGAGAUCAUAAAUGAUUCGGAAGCUUAUCUCAUUUGGUUGAGCAUUUUGGCGGCUAUUCAGUUCGUGAGCAGUGUCAUGUUCGUGGACAUCUUCAACUACACCGCCCUGAAGCAGAUCACGAGGAUAAGAGUGAGGUAUUUUCAGGCAAUCGUGAGGCAAGAAAUGUCCUGGUAUGAUAGCACAAAUGAUAACAAUUUCGCAUCGCGUCUCACAGAUGAUAUCGAUAAGAUCCGCGAUGGAGUGUCAGAGAAACUGGGAAUGUUCCUAAUGUUGAUGCUCACAUUCAUAAUUUGCAUCAUAAUUUCACUGGUUUACGGAUGGAAACUCUCUCUGGUCAUUCUGGCAUGUCUUCCUGUCUUAAUCGUCUGCAAUUUCUUUGUUCUCAAGUUCCAAAGCGCUCUCACAGCUAAAGAAUUGGACGCUUACUCCAAUGCUGGUGCCGUUGCUGAGGAAGUUCUCAGCUCAAUUCGAACCGUUGUGGCAUUUGGCGGUGAAGAAAAGGAAGCUGAACGAUAUGCUAAACGCCUGAAGCCCGCCCAGAAGGCAGGAAGGCGAAAGGGAGCGUUUUCGGGACUUGGAGAAGGACUUCUGAGGAUGUUUUCGUACAGCAUAAACUCCCUCGCAUUCUGGUAUGGUGUGACGUUGAUCCUGGACGACAGGAGCAAAGAGGAGAAGGAAUACACACCAGCCAUUCUCAUGAUUGUCUUCUUUGGCAUCUUGGUUGGCUCGGAAAAUAUGGCCAAAGCGGGACCUUUUCUGGAGGCUUUCGCCACAGCCAGAGCUUCCGCGUACAGCAUCUUCAAGAUAAUUGACAGGGAGUCAGCAAUUGAUCCCAUGUCAGGCAAUGGGAAGGUCAUCAACACCGGAAUGAGGGGAGAUGUUCAGUUCCAGGGAGUGAGUUUCCACUAUCCCUCCAGGCCAGAUGUCCCGAUCUUGAGGAACUUGAACAUAUCAGUGUCUUCUGGGCAAACAAUCGCCCUCGUUGGACACUCUGGAUGUGGAAAAUCGACCAUUUUGCAGUUGCUUCAGCGAUUCUAUGAUCCGAAAGAGGGACAAAUCUGCAUCGAUGGAUACGAUAUUAAGAUGCUCAACACUUCUUGGCUGAGAUCCAAUAUUGGUAUCGUUGGACAAGAACCGGUGCUCUUCGCCACGUCUGUGAAGGAGAACAUUCGCUGUGGAAAGCCUGAAGCCACUCAGAAGGAAAUUGAAAAUGCAGCAAAAUCAUCGGGUGUUCAUGAUUUCAUAAUCAGUUUGCCAGACGGAUAUGACACGCAAGUCGGCGAGUUGGGAGCGCAGAUGUCCGGUGGGCAGAAGCAGAGAAUCGCCAUCGCUCGAGCUCUCAUCCAGAAUCCAAAAAUUCUGCUACUUGACGAGGCGACUUCCGCCUUGGAUUCGCAAACUGAGAAACUCGUUCAAGACACUCUUGAGAGAGCGUCGAAAGGUCGAACCACGAUCAUCGUGACGCAUCGAUUGUCCAGCAUCCGGAAGGCAGACAGGAUUGUGCUGAUGGAUCGAGGAAUUGUCUUGGAGGAUGGCACACACUUUGACCUGAUGAAGCUUCAGGGGAAGUACUACAACAUGGUCAGAGCGGACUCCCUUCAGAGUGCGCAAGCGGACAAUGUGACCGUUGAGAAGGAGGAGGACGAGAAGAAGAAGAAGCGCGACAGCAAAGGACUCCUGAAGUUCGACAAUCAUGUCCACUUCGAGGAAAAUGCCCUCAAGGCAGUCGCCGAUGAGGAGAAGGAGGAGAAAAUAAACUCCUACAGAGUGUUUGUGCGCAUCCUGAAGAUGACCAGAGCUGAGUGGUGUUAUCUCUUCCUCGGAGCCAUUUCUGCUGGUCUCAUUGGCAUGUCCUACACGUCCUUUGCCAUCCUUCUCGGCGACAUUUACGGCGCCCUGUCGCUGGAGGAUCCGGAAGAGGUUCAAGAUCGCACGAACAUUUUGUGCAUCGCCUUCCUGAUAGUCGGAAUCAUCACUGCCACGAGUUGCUUCCUGCAGAGCUUCAUGUUCAACACGACAGGCGUCAAUCUCACCACGAGACUCAGAUCCAGAGCCUUUCGGUCGAUUAUGCGACAGGAAAUGGCUUGGUUCGAUCGGGACACGAAUUCCGUUGGAGCUCUGACUGCUCGUCUUUCGGGCGACGCUGCCAAUGUGAGAUCGGCUGUCGGACCGCCGAUUGGAGGCAUCAUUCAGGCCAUCACCACUCUGGUCGUGGGCAUCAGUGUCUCCAUGGUGUACUCCUGGAAGCUGGCCUUGGUUUGCAUGUGCUUCGUGCCACUCGUCCUGGGAUCAGUCAUCUUUGAGGCCAAAUUUAUGACCACGAGUUUCAUGGCGGAGAAGAAGGCUAUCGAGGAAGCCACCAAGAUUGCAACAGAAGCGCUCCUCAAUAUUAGAACAGUUGCCAGCUUGCGCCAGGAAGCCAGCAUGGUCGCGAGAUAUUCGCUGGAGAUCCAGAAAGUCGAGAAGUCCGUCAAGCGGAAGCUGAUGUUCCGCGGUUCUGUCUUCUCCAUUGGCCAGUCUGCACCAAUGUUCGCCUACGCUGUCGCUCUCUACUACGGAGGUCUUCUUGUGGCCAACGAAGGAUUGGGCUAUGAGAAACUGAUCAAGGUUUCUGACUCUCUUUUGUACGCUGCCAUGAUGUUGGGACAAUCUUUGGCCUUUGUUCCCAGUCUCACUGCCGCCUUCUUGGCUGCUCACAGACUCUUUCAGAUCAUCGACCGAAAGCCAGUCAUUCAAUCGCCAAAAGAUAUCAAUGACAACAAGAAGCAGGAAUACGAAAGCACUAUUAACUAUGCUGCUGUUGAAUUCAGCUAUCCAACCAGAAGUGAAGUGCCUGUUCUGCAGGGUUUAGACCUCAAGGUGUUGAGUGGAAAGACAGUGGCUUUGGUGGGACCUUCAGGAUGCGGUAAAUCCACAUGUGUUCAACUCCUUCAGCGUUUCUAUGAUCCUGACAAUGGAAGAAUCUUCCUCAACUCCGAAGAGAUUUCCAGUGAGAUUGAAAUACCUCAUUUGCGCGGGAAGAUCGGAAUUGUCUCCCAAGAGCCAGUGUUGUUCGACAAGACCAUCGCUGAGAAUAUCGCGUACGGAGACAAUUCCAGGGAAGUCUCGACAGCUGAAGUGAUCGCAGCGGCAAAGACUGCCAAUAUCCACAGCUUCAUAUCGUCCCUGCCGCUGGGAUACGACACUGGCCUGGGGACGAAGGGUACCCAAUUGUCCGGUGGCCAGAAGCAACGGAUUGCCAUCGCGAGGGCUCUUCUGCGCAACCCAAAGAUCCUCCUGCUGGACGAGGCCACGUCCGCCCUGGACGCGGAGAGCGAGCAAAUUGUCCAGCAAGCUCUUGAACUGGCCAAAUCGGGCCGCACUUGCCUCAUAAUCGCCCACCGUUUGUCCACCAUCCAGAACGCGGACAUCAUCUGCGUGAUCCAGUGCGGCAGGGUGACCGAGCAGGGCACUCACGAGGAGCUCCUGGCGCGCGGCGGCUUCUACUCGAGGCUCUACAACACCCAGCCGAUUAAUUAGGCGGUCAGACGGUGGGAAAGAAGUGAAAUAUCUAAGCCAAUUGCCCUAAGAUUGCAUGCUCUUGGACACACUAUGUUUUAU